AUCACCACCAUCACAGCACAGUGUCUGUCAUCCCCCCAGCAAGGUGUCACUUUAGGCAGCUAACUAUCAGUUCUACUCCGCAUUUAACUAGAGUAUUUUGACACACACCUCUGCUUGACAUCUCGAGGGCCUUUGGUGCCAUGAAAGGAAUCAGGUUUUUCGUAGUUUUCUUGGUGCUUUCCGCGUCUUUGCUGUGUACGGCCGAAGCGGGCAGGAGCAGGACCAGCAACCAGAACAGCUUCCGACGGGCAGCUAACGGCGUCUAUCAGACCCUGAGCAGCGUUUUCGGGGAGGACAACAUCAGAGGGUUAUACAAGUUUUUCUCCAAAGCAACGGAGCGGUUCGUCCAUGGAGUGGACUCUUUUCUGGACACCAUCUGGAAGAUCUGGUCAGAUCUGCUGGAUGUGAUGGGCAUUGACUCCUCAAACCUCAGCCACUACUUUAGCCCCACAUCCCUCACCAACUCCCCGGCACGUGCCCUGCUUCUGGUUGCCGCUGUACUCUUGGCCUACUGGUUCCUCUCUAUGUUCCUGGGGGGUUUCUUUUACCUGCUGCACGCUGUGUUCGGACGCUUCUUCUGGCUAGCACGUGUCACCCUCUUUGCCCUGUCCUGCCUCUACAUCCUGCAGAAGUUUGAGGGUGACCCUGAGCGCGCAGUGCUGCCGCUGUGCUUCAUCAUGGCCGUGUACUUCAUGACGGGGCCUGUGGGGGCGUACUGGCGCCGUGGAGGCGGGGCAGGUUCACUGGAAGAGAAGAUCGACCACCUGGACACUCAGAUCAGGCUGCUCAACAUCAGGCUGAGCCGUGUUAUAGACAGCCUGGAGCGCACCGGGGAACAGUAAACAUACUGUAGGUUGGGUUUCGGGGGGGGGGGGUCUUGGGGAAACCAGAUGUAUUUGAUAACAGAAUACUGUUUGCUACACACAUCUGCAGCAACACAACUACUGGGUAUUUACAACUCUAUUGUCAGAUGUGGACGAAACUAGAUUUGAACGUAGUAUUUUAAUGGCUUGAGUUGAUUUCAGUAACAGGAAAGUAUAAAUCCUCAGAGGUUUGGACAGUUGACUUGGAGCUUACGCAAAUCAACCAAACAACAUUUUUUUUCUUUUGUCUUUUUUGUCACAAGGAUUUGGAAGGUUUUUCUACAUCUCUGUCGAAUUUAUCAGAGAGAUGUCCAAGGUUUUCUAAAUGUUCAUCUAAUUGUACACCUGAGCGACUUUUGAGAAACUCCCAAAUCCGAAAGUUUAAGCACUGCUGUCAAUGCGUAUGCUUAUGUAUGUUUAUUUGUGUCCUUGUAUAUAACCUGGGGGCUAAGACUCAGUUUUGUCCACAAAAGACAUUUUUCCCCUUUUUGAAACUGCUACAGUAGAAAGUGGAUGGGGUGUAUGAUACAGGGGACUUCUAAUAUGUAAAAUCUUCAAGAUGUUGAAUAGUUGUCAAAAGUAACCUUAAUUUAUUCCAUUUUCCAUCCAAAAUGUUGAAGUCAUGUAGAUCUAGUUUGUUUCAUUGAGUCACCAUUCCAUAGUGACAAUAGUUUGACAUCAGGACCUCUUUUUCUCAUGUGAAUGUGUAUGUGGGUACAUGAGCAAAUGCACCUGACCUUCUCGAAUGUGUGUGUGCAUGUGUGGGGGUCAAGCGUGUGAAAUGGGAAAAUCACUGUAUUCAAAGUCACCAACAGACUUGGAGAAAAUGCAGAAACGCAGCACUAUCUCAGGGACUCACCCAACGCAUAUGUUGAGCUGAAAUGAGAUAUCAAGUACAUUAAAAUCACGUCUUGGUCUCUUUGAGUCUCUUCACAAUUCAGAUAUAGUUUCAAUUUUUUUUCUUGGUAAAUAUGUGUGUUUUUUGCAUUGUGUUGAAAUUGCAAUGUUUGAUGUCAAAGUUUGAAUCAGUUCAAUCAGUUUGACACAAGCAGAAUUAUUUUAGGGAGUGCUUCUGAAUUCUGAGUUCAGAAAUGGCAUUCUUGCAUUUAAAUGUGUGACAGAAUUUAUCCAGAAAAGUGGUCAAGAAUAAAUUGCUGGGGAUGCUUGAGUCACAUCCGUCUGGGUGGAAAUCUGUCUUAACUCAAUAAUGUCUUUUAGGAUUUUUAUUUUGAUGUAAAUUUUUCAACUUGAUUGCAGAUUUAAUGAAGUCUGGUGUCUCUGUACAAAUUGUACUGCAUGGCAUCAUUUAAUUCUGUUUUUAAAACGGUUGUACAUAAUUUUAAAUCUAUUCUUGGUAGUUUGUGACACUUAGGUUUACCAAGAUUUUGAAGGUAGUUUUUAACCAACCUGAUCCUGCAGUGUAUUACUGUUUUAAAAAAAGAUGCUUUUGGCAUUUUCUUUGUGUGCAGCAUUGUAGCCGUCUCUAGUUUAUUAGUUUGAUUGGUCUUUUUCUACAUUUACUCUUUCUGCCAUUGUUGUCUCUGUCAUCAUGUAUUGUCAUGAGAGAAUGAGCCCCACAUAUGUCUGUGUUUGUGGCCUAUCUUCAUCAAUUCAUAUCUUCCCCACAUCACUUUUCAUAUAUUCAGUUUGUUGAGUCUGUACUCUUUCUUUGCAUUUGUAUAGAAAUGACCCUAAUGCUGUGUAGAUUCAUAGAAAGUUGGUGCUUUUAGUGUUAAUAAGAAAGAUUGAUUAAAGGAUGAGUCUGUAAUGUUACUGACGCUUAGCUGAUAUGUUUAUGAUAAUAUAGAGGUCAAAGAAUGAAUCAGUAUUUAUAUCCUUGAUGCUCAGACUGUCAGCACCUACCAGUAUGUGAGGUUAUUAUUUUUUUUAUUUCUCUCAGUAGUAUGGAUGUGAUAUUAACUGUUCUUUUUGAAGAAGAAAGGUGUAGUAUCACAGUAACACCAGGUGCAAACACAUGGACUCUUUGGCUGUUUCCCAGCAGUCUGUUAAUUGUCAGAUUGUGUGGUUUAUGUGUGUUUAGUAGAAUGGCUGAGUUCAGGUCCUUAUUAGUUAUUGGUAUUUUUUAAAGUUCAUCAUGGAAUUCAGACUCAAUGCUGCCAAAAUGCAACAAAAACUCAUAUUUGAAAAUAGUAAUGUAUUUCAGUUAUGUGGAAGUCUCAGCGUUCUGAAGGAUUUGCCCAUGUGUCCAGUGUUAUCUGCGAUUUUCUUGCAUGCUCUGCUUUAUGCCUAUAAAGUUAAGUUACAAUACAAUAUAUACAUGUUGUUGACUGUCUAGGUAGAGGGCCCUUAUGAAACGUGAUGUGUGAUGUUAGCCAGAAGUUAUCAUAUUUGGAAUUGUGUAAGUCUUGUUUUUCUGUACCAUUACAGUUACAUUUGCACUGAUUGCUAAACUGUGUAGACCAAAUUAUGAUUCUUGAAAAGGCUGUUUUGGCAUUACAAGACUAAACUGGACGCAGACUCUCUUCUCUCAUUCCAUAAUCACAGCCAUGCUGACUAAGGCACAUUUUAAAAUAUGUAGUGAAAAUAGUCUUUUCUCCAACUUACAGAAGUACAGCUGACUUAAGAGAGCGGCUUGAUCCGGGUGUCUUGUAAUGUGGUUAGCCUGACGGUCUGUAGCCAAUGAUCUAUGUAUGUUUAACCAAUGACAGCACAUGUGACAUAUGAAGGUUUACCAUUAUUAAUAAUAAUCAUGUAUGUUGUUGAAGGAAAGUGUUUCCCAGUUUAGAGUGGAUCAUUGCACUGCCGUGUGAAAGUUCAGUCACAAACUUGUAAUUCAGGUGGUUUAGAAUUUUGAGGGAUGUUUGUCAGAUCUUAUAUUUUAGACACUGAAAACUGUUGAAGAAAAAAAUAUUAUAAAUGAAGCGGUUUCUCUUUAAAUUGCACUUAAGUUCUCUCACACCUAGAAAACACUCAAAAGGCUCCAAGAGGGGGCUUUACUCUUCCUUUUACAUAUCAUGGAAGAGGAAGUGAAUAAAGCUACCACUUAGAUGCUCAAAGAUGCCAAAAGAUCCUUCUGUUGGCAUUUUUCUGCAUCAGAAUGAAUGCUACAGUCAGAUUAUAUUUAUUCUCCGUUUAGAGUGUCUUCUGAAUGACUUGUAAUUCCAAUAAUUUAAUGUACUGUAUCCUACAUAUUUCUAUUAUUCCAUGUAGCCUGCUUUUUAUAAUAUGCUGUGCCAAUACUGUAUGUUUUUUAUUACUUUGCAGUUAUUUGUAACUGUUGAUUUCUGAGUCCAUGCAGAUUUUCUUAAUUUCACCAAUCAACAUUUUUACACCUUUUUUGUUAUUUGAAUAUUUCUGUACUUACAUGAUGUGGCAAGAGCCAAACUGUCCUGCCUGCUGUUGUUACUUUGUGUUUGAGUGUGUGUCUUUAUGAAAACCUGUUGGUGGGCAAGUGGUUCUUUUUGUGUCUGUGUGAAAAUGAGGUCCAGAUUUGAGUAAAUUAAACAUCACAGUAUGACUAAA